CUAGUUCUAGUGCUUUCAGUCUGUGAAUAGAAAUGGAGCUUAGCUGGCUAAUAUCCGCAAUAACGCUCAGUAUCUUUGUAACUUCCUUUGGUGAAGCGCCGAAGACAGAUUACUGCCAUUUGCCCUAUUGUGGCGUGAACAACCUGCCUUGCAACAAUCAAGCACUAUAUAGCAAAGACUGUGCGCCAAACAGCAGAACUAUCUCAAUGCCUCAGUAUCGCCACAUAAUCUUGAAAAGGAUCAACGAGUUUCGCAACUUGACGGCCAGUGGUGGUCUGAAACUCCUUAAGGGUGCCGCACGUAUGUCUCGAAUGAGCUACUCUCUGGAACUGGAAGAAAUGGCCCGCCUGAUAGCCAUCACCUGCUCCGCGGAGAAGUUUUGUGUCGGAACGCCCGAGUUCUAUUAUGUGGGCAGUAUCCUCGAGGGCUACAUAUAUAAAGGCGACUUAAACCAAUACGAAGAUCUUGAGCUAAUGACGCGAAAGAUCGAAGAAUGGAUAAAGUAUUCUGCCAGCAUUAAUAUGAAAAUGGGGCUGUAUAUGCCAGCAAAAUUAGAAAACAGAAAUACUGCCAAGGCAGCCCUGUUGAUCGCCGCCCGCAACACCCACAUGGGAUGUGCAGCGAUGCGGUUCACCAUCGACCACCUUCAUCAUUUUAUACUUGUGUGUGCCUUUAGCACGGAUCUCUUUGUUAGGAAGCCUUUAUACCGGAUGUCCUUCAUUCCGGCCAGUGCCUGCAAGGAACAGGACAGAACUUAUGCGGCGCUGUGCGCGGUGGGAGAGGACUACGGAAAUGAAAAGUACAAGCCAGGAGCAGUGAUCUUCGAACCACCGUCUAACUUAUCAAAUAUUCCGACUACUAUAAUUCCAGCUUAGGAAGUUUAACUUAAUUUAAAAUUUUACUUUAAGUCGAAAUAAUAGAAAGUUUUAUUGUUGCGAUGGCUAGACAAAAGUACACGCCCAGAGAAACCCAAACAAAAUCAGAGCACAAAAACAAAUAGUUAACACCCCGACAUGGCGGGAGCAUUGGGAACAGACAUUCCAAAGCAGCCUCGAUAAUCACAGGACGCAUUUGCAUAUAAACACGCUUCCGGGCUGAUGUCCUUCGCAUGCAAAUGAAAACAUUAGCGAGGCACACGCGCAUCCGCAUCUACGAAAUGCAGAUACAGAGUCAGCGGCAGGGACAGCGACAGAUACAGAUACAAAUGACAUUCGUCGGUGUCGCCCCUUCCCUGCUUAAAUAUAUAUUUCAAUUAAAAUUUUACACACGAAUAAAUGCAAAGCCACGCCCAGCACAUUA